GAAGCAAUGCCCUAACAAUUUGUCCAUUGUCACAUGUGUGGCCUAUCUUCUCCUCACCAUGCCACUGAAUAUCUAAGCAAUACAGACACAUAUAUGCGAUGCAAAUGGAUGAGCGGGGAAGCCUGUAGGAAGAAAACCAAGAUUGCCGCUAAAACCACACAGGCCCUGAUCGAGAUUCUGAGACUUUCCUGUGAAGGUCUCCUGAUCUCUGCACACACACACACCACCUGAGCUAAGGAAGAAGUAACAGUGCCUCGUCAGUUGAGACCAGGCCACAAUAGAAAUUGGGCCUUAUCAAGCUAGACAGAAAGCCAUAACCGGACUGUCCUGUGUGUGUCCCCCACCCCCCUCUUUCACAUUCCGGACCCGAAGGAGUUUUUAGCAAACACAGCAGCCAAGUUUUUGGAGAUAUGCCAAAGGCGGGGUGAGGUGGUGCAAGUAGUAUUUUGACCGGGAGUAAAAGCCCAAGAAGAUGUGGAUGAAGAAGAAAUUCGAGAAAAUGUACCCCUCUCUCCUUUCCAGCUCGUCGCCGCUGCAAGACAGAACGACAUCAACAGCAUUUCCCAACACAAUACCUGAAGCAACAAGGAGAAAUACAGAUUCAAAUGGAGAAGAAGAAAAUAAAAAGUAAAACAACAAAUGGCGGAUCCCACACACGAUCCAAACCGCUGGAGGUGAUACCCAAGCUCCAGACAGACGAAAAAGAGCUGGCCUCCAUAUCGUACCAGCCUUAAUUGAACAUAACCCUUUUUGGUCCCCUCGAUCCAGUGCGACGGUGCUGUUCCGUACUUUCGCGAAUCGACGGCCUGACGAUGCGAGAAGCAUCACAUGGGUCAGAACGUCGUCGGUAUUGCCCAGAGUAGCGUGCUU